AAAAUAAAGCGUGUUUUUAUAAAUGCUUAAGGUCGCGUCCCCCAGUGCGUGCACCCUGCUUCCUUUACCAAAACACAUCGCUACUCGUGUAUUUUGCAUUUUGAUUUGUAAUAACCUGGUGUUUUUUAAUUCGUGAAUCUUUUUGAUAUUUUAAAAUACACGCUGUAAUCUUAUGAACAUGUCUACGACUCUGAACAGAAAAAACAUUGGUAUCAAGGGAAUUUCCAUUUACGUCCCAAACCAAUACGUUGAGCAAGCAGCUCUGGAAAAACAUGACGGUAUUCCUGCCGGUAAGUAUACCAUUGGCUUGGGUCUCACGAAGAUGUCGUUUGUGGACGACCGUGAGGACAUUUACUCAUUCGCAUUGACCGCGCUUUCUACGCUCAUAAAAAAGUACAACGUGGAUGUGAACGCCAUUGGCCGCUUGGAGAUGGGUACUGAAACGAUUAUCGACAAGUCGAAGUCUGUCAAGAGUGUUUUGAUGCAACUUAUGGGCGACAACCACAAUGUCGAAGGUAUCGACUGCGUGAACGCCUGCUACGGUGGUGUGAACGCUUUGUUCAACACGAUUGACUGGAUCGAGUCUUCUGCCUGGGAUGGUCGUGACGGUAUCGUCGUCGCUGGUGACAUUGCUCUUUACGCCAAGGGUAACGCUCGUCCUACUGGUGGCGCCGGCUGCGUUGCUAUGCUUGUUGGCCCUGAUGCUCCCAUUGUUUUCGAGCCUGGUAUGCGUGGAUCUUACAUGCAACACGCCUACGACUUCUACAAGCCUGAUCUUACCAGUGAGUACCCCUAUGUGGAUGGCCACUUCUCCCUCCAAUGCUACAUUAAGGCUUUGGAUGGCGCUUACCAAGCCUACAACAAGCGUGAGCAAACCUUGACUGGCAAGAAGCCUACCGGUCUUGGUAUUGACCGUUUCGACUACUGUAUUUUCCAUGCUCCCACCUGCAAGCAAGUUCAAAAGGCUUAUGCCCGUCUUAUGUACACGGACUUUGCCGAGGACCCCAAGAACCCUGAGUUCGACCCCGUGCGUGAAAUGAUUGAGUCUCAGACUUACGAGCAGUCCUUGACUGACAAGCCCCUCGAGAAGGCUUUGAUGGCUGUUAGCAAGGAGCGCUACAACAAGCGUGUUCUUGCUAGCAUCUAUGCUCCCACUAACUGUGGUAACAUGUAUACUGGCAGUGUUUUCUCGUGCUUGUCUGCACUCCUUUCUCGCGUUCCCGCUGCUGACUUGAAGGGCAAGCGUGUUGGUGCUUACUCUUACGGUUCCGGUUUGGCCGCCUCUUUCUUCUCUUUCCGCGUUGAGGGUGACAUUUCCUCCAUCGCUGAGAAGCUGGACCUCGUCAAUAUCUUGGAGAACCGUCACGCUAUGACGCCUGUGGAGUACGAGGAGUGCAUUGAGCUCCGUCACAAGAUCCACUUGAAGAAGAACAUUGAGCCCGCCGGCAGUGUUGAGCGUCUUCGUUCUGGCACUUAUUACCUCACCAAGGUCGACGACAUGUUCCGUCGUGAGUAUGCCGUUAAGCCUUAAAUCAAUUGCAAAAGCAACUAGCAUAUAUAUACAUAUGACGCAGUUUUACAGACUCAGUGAGCAGCAGUUUCAUUCAAUCUCCUCUUUCGAAUCGCAUUGCAUUAUGCAACUGCCGCAGACAGUAUAACACCGCGGAUAACACCCGCCUAAAGUUAUUCAUGCCUUACACGCGUUUUCCUAGGCUGCAACGCUAGUUGCAAAACACUAACCCUUGCCACUUUAUUUUUCACGUACACCUAGACCCUUCGAUCCUCUCCCUCACACAGCAUUAAGCACUCAUCCGAUGUAAUCAGAAAGUGUGUUGCCGGUUCCGCAACGUAUUGUGUGCUAUCGAAUUGAUGACCCCGAGUUUGACUCCCGUUCCAUACCCCACAGAUUGAGCAGAAUUUCUGUGUAGAGACGGAUACGCAAAUAGGAAAUGAUGAACAUACAGUAUAUCAGUUGAGCGGCUUAAUAGCCCUUAUGAAACGAGUGAAACGUG